AGUUCACGAAAUUCUAAACAUGAAAUGUAUAUGAAAUUUCAUUGCCUCUUCUUAAGUUGUUCAUUUGCGGGAAAACUCAAAUGUAUCCCUUACGGUAACGGAUUAUAUAAAUUAAUAUUUAUAAAAAUUUGUAUACCACUUUUUUUUACAAAAUAUGUUGAGAAUCGUUAAAUGUGGUGUUUUCAUAUCUCAUAGUUGGAAUAUUAACGUUUGUCAUAAUGCAAAGUCUAUAAGAUCAUUUAGUCAAAAAUUUGUAAAAACUGAGUAUUCAAGGAGAAUAUUUUCUGGCAUUCAACCUACUGGUAAUGUUCAUUUAGGAAAUUAUCUAGGUGCAAUACAGAAGUGGGUAGAGUUACAAAAUUCAGAAAAAAUAGUUAUAUGGAGUAUUGCAGAUAUGCAUUCUAUUACAUUACCCUAUAAUCCUGUCACAUUGAAAGAUAAUAUUUUUAAAGUAACAGCCACAUUAUUGGCAUGUGGAAUAGAUCCACAGAAAAGCAUAUUAUUUCAACAGUCUGAUGUUUCUAUGCAUUCAGAAUUAUGUUGGAUACUUGGUUGUAUUACUACCAUGGCUAGGCUUGGACAUUUGCCGCAAUUCAAAGAAAAAAGUCAAACCUUAAAGACUAUUCCUUUAGGAUUAUAUAUUUAUCCUGUUUUACAAGCAGCGGAUAUAUUGCUUUAUAGAGCUACAGAUGUACCAGUUGGCCAAGAUCAAGCACAACAUAUACAAUUAGCACAGGAUUUAGCAGACUCUUUUAAUAAAAGGUAUGGAGAUACUUUUCCAAUACCACGGAGCCUUAUUUGUGGUGAUGCAAGUCAAAGAAUAAAAUCACUAAGAGAUCCUUUAAAGAAAAUGUCCAAAUCGGAUAAAGAUCUCAAAAGUAGGUUGGAUUUAACGGAUAAACCAGAUGUGCUGUUAGAAAAAGUUAAAAAGGCCAUAACCGACUUCACAUCUGAAGUAAAUUAUGAACCUGAAACACGACCAGGUGUUUCAAAUUUAAUUGCUAUUCAUUCUUUACUUACUGGAAAGUCACCCGAAGAGAUUUGUAAAGAUGCACAAGGUUUGGAUACUGGAAAGUAUAAAUUGGUAUUAGCAGAUGUGAUAAUAGAGAAGCUAAAACCAAUUCAGGAAGAGAUAUUUAGAUUAUUAAACGAACAAUUUUAUUUGAAUGAAGUUUUAAAGAUAGGUUCACAAAAAGCAAUAGAACUUGCAUUUGAUUGUUAUUCCGAUGUAAAGAAUAAAAUAGGGUUUGAAAGGAAUAAAGGAGAAGGAAAAGAAAAGACAAAAUAUACUAUUGUACAUUGAUUACGUAUAAUUAAAGAAUGAAAAUGAUCUAAUAGAAAUAUACCUGUCCACAUUCAACAAAAUCAUGAAGCAUACUCAUGCCUGUUUCCGAUGGUACAAAAAAGCCCCAUUUUACAGAACCUUUG